UCAGGCUCAGCGGCUUGCCUGGUGCUGUGAUGCUGGAAAGCCUCAGCUGAGCCCCGAUGGUGUGAGAGAGAAGGGGGAAGCCCGGCAGAUUCGAUUGCAAUUGGGGCACAAUCCAAUUUUUCCUCUUCAAUCUCCAUUCAUCCUCCUCUUCAUUCUUCCCCUGCCCACAUCUCCCCGCCCCAAACUAUAUUGCACACCCCAGGAGAUCAAGGCUGGUGGAUUUAUCAACAUUCAACCACCCCUCCCUGCCCCCCGCCCCCGAUUUCCCGAUGUACUUCCCCACUCACCCUGACAGCUGCAAAAGAGAGCAGAGGUUUUUCAGCAAGCGAGGCAAGUUGGACUGACAUGCAAAGGAGGACCCCGCGCCCCUCCCCAGUCAGUGAUUAACCAGCAGAUGCAAUGAGCUCUGUUUAAGAACCAGCAGGAUCUGUACUGGGGAGCAACCUGCCCCCCCGGAAGUCAGUAAGGCAACCAGGAGGGAUACUUGGCGUUUUCAGAAGACUGUUGCAUCUACACAGUGGAAGUCAAAUUUUGUGUAUGGCGUGGUUAAGGUUGCAGCCUCUCACCUCAGCCUUCCUCCACUUUCUGCUGGUUACCUUUGUGCUGUUUUUGCAUGGUUUGCAGGUGGACGCUGGCAUAACAGGAGAGUCUCUAAGUACAGCACAAAACAGCUCGUGCUCAGGAUCUUCCGAUUGCAAAGAGGGUGUUAUCUUGCCAAUAUGGUAUCCAGAAAACCCAUCCCUUGGAGACAAAAUUGCCAGGGUUAUUGUUUAUUUUGUGGCACUUAUCUACCUGUUCCUUGGAGUCUCCAUCAUUGCAGAUCGUUUCAUGGCAUCGAUUGAGGUAAUUACAUCACAAGAAAAAGAGAUUACAGUGAAGAAACCAAAUGGGGAGACCACCACGACUACCAUUCGGGUUUGGAAUGAAACUGUUUCCAACCUGACCCUGAUGGCUCUAGGUUCUUCUGCUCCUGAGAUUCUUCUGUCAUUGAUAGAGGUAUGUGGCCAUGGAUUCAUAGCCGGAGACCUGGGGCCCUCUACCAUUGUUGGCAGUGCGGCUUUCAACAUGUUUAUCAUCAUAGCCAUCUGUGUUUAUGUGAUCCCAGAUGGGGAAACCAGAAAGAUAAAACACCUGAGGGUGUUCUUUGUCACAUCUGCAUGGAGCAUCUUUGCUUAUAUCUGGUUGUACAUGAUCCUUGCCGUCUUCUCUCCAGGUGUGGUGCAGGUCUGGGAAGGCUUGCUCACUCUGUUCUUCUUCCCUCUUUGUGUCCUCCUGGCUUGGGUGGCAGAUAGAAGGCUGCUUUUCUAUAAGUACAUGCACAAAAAGUAUCGUACUGACAAGAACAGAGGCAUUAUCAUUGAAACAGAAGGUGAACACCCUAAGGGAAUAGAAAUGGAUGGCAAGAUGAUGAACUCCCACUUUCUGGAUGGAAAUUUAGUAACUAUGGAUGGGAAAGAGGUGGAUGAAUCUCGCAAAGAAAUGAUCCGGAUCCUCAAGGAUCUGAAGCAAAAGCACCCAGAAAAGGACUUGGAUCAGCUGGUAGAAAUGGCCAACUACUAUGCUUUAUCUCACCAGCAAAAGAGCAGAGCCUUUUACCGCAUCCAAGCUACCAGAAUGAUGACUGGAGCUGGCAACAUUCUGAAAAAGCAUGCGGCUGAACAAGCCAAGAAAAGCACCAGCUUGCAUGAGGUGCAGGCAGAUGAAUCUGAGGAAUUCAUCUCCAAAGUUUAUUUCGAUCCUUGCUCCUACCAAUGUCUUGAGAACUGUGGCGCUGUCCUCCUGACGGUGGUGCGGAAAGGGGGCGACAUGUCCAAGACCCUCUAUGUGGACUACAAAACGGAGGAUGGCUCUGCCAAUGCUGGUGCUGACUACGAGUUCACAGAGGGAACUGUGGUCUUGAAGUCAGGGGAGACCCAGAAGGAGUUCUCUGUGGGGAUCAUCGAUGAUGACAUCUUUGAGGAAGACGAACAUUUCUUCGUGCGGCUUAGUAACCUCCGUGUGGUUGAGACUGAGGAACCUGCCGAGCUCAACAAUUUGCCAUACCCAAAGGCCAUACUGACUUCUCCUUGCGUGGCCACAGUGACUAUCUUGGAUGAUGACCACGCAGGCAUCUUCACAUUUGAGUGUGAUGUGAUGCAUGUCAGUGAGAGCAUUGGUGUGAUGGAAGUCAAAGUCCUUAGGACAUCAGGUGCUCGAGGUACAGUCAUAGUCCCAUUUAGGACAGUAGAAGGGACAGCAAAAGGAGGUGGAGAGGAUUUUGAAGAUGCUUAUGGGGAGCUGGAGUUCAAGAAUGAUGAAACGGUCAAAACAGUUCACAUCAAGGUAACUGAUGAUGAGGAGUAUGAGAAAAACAAGACUUUCUUCAUUGAGCUGAUGAGCCCACGCAUGGUGGAUAUGAGUUUACAGAAAGCGCUGCUACUCACUCAAGAAGUGGCAGAGAGGAAGCUGACCAUCGAAGAGGAGGAAGCCAAGAGGAUUGCAGAGAUGGGGAAGCCAGUGUUGGGCGAGCAUCCCAAACUAGAGGUCAUCAUUGAGGAGUCCUAUGAAUUCAAGAGUACCGUGGACAAGCUGAUUAAGAAGACAAACCUGGCUUUGGUUGUAGGGACACAUUCCUGGAGGGACCAGUUCAUGGAAGCCAUUACUGUUAGUGCAGCGGGUGAUGAAGAUGAGGAUGAGUCUGGUGAGGAGCGCCUGCCAUCCUGCUUUGACUACGUCAUGCACUUCCUGACCGUCUUCUGGAAGGUGCUCUUUGCUUGCGUGCCACCCACAGAGUACUGCAAUGGCUGGGCCUGUUUCGUGGUGUCCAUCAUGAUAAUUGGCAUGCUCACUGCUGUCAUUGGGGACCUCGCUUCCCACUUCGGCUGCACCAUUGGCCUCAAGGACUCGGUGACUGCUGUUGUCUUUGUGGCCUUUGGCACCUCAGUACCAGACACUUUUGCCAGCAAAGCAGCCGCCAUCCAGGAUGUGUAUGCUGAUGCUGCCAUCGGCAACGUCACGGGCAGCAAUGCCGUCAACGUCUUCUUGGGCAUCGGACUGGCAUGGUCCGUGGCUGCCAUCUACUGGGCUUCCCAGGGACAAGAGUUCCAUGUGUCAGCAGGCACGCUGGCCUUUUCCGUCACGCUUUUCACCAUCUUUGCUUUUGUCUGCAUCAGUGUCCUGCUGUACCGGAGACGGCCUCACCUCGGAGGGGAACUGGGAGGCCCCAAGGGGUGCAGACUUGCCACAACUUUGCUCUUUGCGAGCCUGUGGCUCCUGUACAUUCUUUUUGCCACGCUGGAGGCCUAUUGUUAUAUCAAAGGGUUCUAAGCCGCGGAGAGAUGAUGAAGUUGGGGGGGAAGGAUCCCCCUCCUCUGUUACCUCAUUGGACACCAGUCCUCCAAGUGUUGUUAAACCAGAAGUGACAGCUGUCUGAUUCCACAGUUGCCCAGACAGGAGGACAACUGGGCUGCAAGAAGGGCAAAAUUAUCAUGAAACAAAAGCAAGUUAAAAAAUACAAAAUGAAUUUAAGGUAUUUAAAUAAAUCAAACAAAAUAAACCCAGUCACUGACCCCAGUCAGUGAUAUUGAGACUCUUCAGCCACCUUCAAAGAUCACAUUUUCUUUAUUUUAUAGUUUUCUUUUUUCUCUCCUCCAUUAUGAAAUGAUGUCAUGUAUUUUGAAAUAGGUUGAGAAUUACAGAAAUAAGUUGGAUCAAGGUUUUGCGGGGGAGGGGAGGAAACAUUGCUUUAAGUUUUUUUCUUCCUUUAAAUAGACAAAAAAAAUGUUAAAAAUCAAAACCAAAAGCUUCAAGCUGCCAUCAGUGCUGGAGUUGAACCAUGCAUUUUUUUGAAGCCACAAAAACAAUGUCAUAGUCGAAUGACUCGCUGUUAUCUGUUUCUCCCUUUAAGUAUAUCAUGAGACUGAUGUAUUUCAAAUGCAAAUACAAACACACACGCAGGAAAAUACAAUGUUGAAAGCUGGAGCAUAGAGCAACCCACGCACCAACCUGGGAUUUAAAAAAAAAAAAAAAAAGACCUCUAACAUAAUAUGUAUCCUGUAUAUUUUGAGUAUGGCAUCUCUUUGUGAAAAAAACCUUAAAACCUGUGGUACUGCAGGGAGAGGAAUAUAUGUUCAUUUAGAAAAGGUAAAGAAAUGAACAGAUACACAGACAUAACCUGCAAUGUGGAAAACAGGGAGCUAGGGAAACCAGGGCAUGUCCCUUAGGAUCAUAAUGGUAUUGUGUUUGAUUUGUGGGAGGGCAGCAGGGUGUUCCUUUUUGCUUUAAAGUGAAGGUGAAUUCAUGUAAAUAAUUUGCUGUUCUCACAUUUUGGUGCAUACAAGAAACUUUGAGGCAUAACAUGCCACUCAAAGGUUUCUAAGCAUCAUCUUAAAGAGUUUACUUUGUCCUUAAAAACACACAUGCUUACCAAAGGGAAAAGGAUCAUGAUGCCUCUUCAUAACGCCUCUCUUGGCAUCAGGGCCAGUUGAUUUCCCUACAUCUUUAAGGCCAAGUAUGUCCUAAUGGAUGAUGACCCACACCUAGUUACUAUAAUUCACUGGGAUCAGAUACGCUGAGCGAAGAUGACACCAGUCUCUUUUUCGGGGGAAAAACCAAAACCAAAUCAAAACCAUAUGACAGUAUUUUUCCAGUGCAAGGGUCAUUUCCCAUUUUGAUUUGUAUCACGUCUGCCAAUUUGCUCCUUUAACACCCUGUUGUUACAAGGAUCAGUGCUCCAUUCGUGGGCUUUGCUAGGUUGAGAGGUACAGUAUGGUCUUAAAAACUGCCACAGAUCUUAGGACUUCUGUGUCAUCUUAAGUACAUUUUAGAAAAGCACCCUUUUAAUUUUAAGUGCAUUUUUUAAAAGAAAAAAUGAAAUGGGGGAAUACAAGCAAGAUCUUGUAUCAUGAAUUACAUCAACAGCUGCAAAUUGAAAUGUUGGGUUGGGUAAAAAAAAAAGCUAUACUUAUAUCUAUAUUAACAUAUUAUCUAUAUACAGAUUUCUUAAGUGCAAGAACUGGAAGAGGGCAUUGCAGCUUCGUUCUUUUUAAAGUGUUUUUAAGAUGAAGAUGUUUUCUUCUGUCAAAAACUUAGGUACUGUAAAGGGAAGUGUCUUCUUCAUAAAUUUCAUACUCAUUAAACAAACCUGGAGUAUUAGAGUGUAAACUAGGAAAUGGAAAGAGGCCCUUCUCUACCUGUCUUUUCAUAAGAGUGAGCCAAUGCGCUGAUAAUGCCUUAAAGGCCGGGCAAAAGCACACAGAGGGAAAAUAGAGAUGGGACUGAGAAUUGUGUUAUUUUGUUAUGGAAAAGAAGAUGAAAAAUGAUCUCAGAUGUACGGAAGAGCAUGAAAAUUAUCCUUAAUUGACAAAUGAAAUAUUUAUUUUCGUACAGAUGUGUAUCAAGUAUAUAUAAAAAGUGUGAGGGGGAAAGAAAGAUUCUUCUCUCUGAUAUGAUACGAGCAGUGGGCGCUUUGUCUGUUGAAACUAGCAGUGGGCGAACAAUAAAAGGUGUGAAUCCAAUAAGCACCCAAGUUUUCUGAAUGCUUAUCCUCACUUUAUCAGAGCUUUUUGGGUCUGCAACAUCAGGCAAGAAAACUUAUGAGAAAAGGUUGCCUACUGAGAUUUUCAGUACAUCUUGCUUCCAGAAUGCCAAGAAAUACAAGAUCAGCUUUUGUUAACUUAUUUCAACAUUGCAACUCUCAUCCUGGCUCUGACCCAGCAAGCAGAAGUGCAAGAAAUUAAAAACAAAUGUUUGAAGAAAAAAAAAACAACUUAGUUUGAAUUUGGGGCAGAGGUUCAGAUGGGUUCUUAUUUUAUCCAGACCGGUUCUCCCAUUCCUAGUUGAAACCUGGCUUGGGUAUUUGAAAUGCAGUUAUGAUGCUUGUGCUGUAUCAAACACAUGCUUUUCAUCUGCUUCUUUAUUAAGAUCACUUUGUCGGGGGGUGAGGGAGGGUUAGCGGGAGGAGUGAGGACUACGCUAGUGCCAAUCUCAUAGUUACUUUGCUGCCCUUACAUACACUGAGAAAAACUGCUCCAGGCCAAUAACAUCUGGGGAGUGUUUCUUUCUUU